GUUGCAUUUGAUGCCAAACGUAGCCAUACUUUGCAGUCAAUGCAACCAAUGAUGCAAUCGUUCAGUCAUUCAAUGCUUGCAUACAUUCACUCAUCUAUUGGCGAGUCUUUGAGUGGUGUUUGGAUCAAGUGGUGAGCCAUGACUGCCACCAAUUCGUAUAACUUUUGGAUGGAUGAACUGAACGGAUGCCGCUAUAUAUUGGCCCCAAUGGUGGAUCAGUCGGAACUGGCCUUCAGACUACUGGUGCGACAAUAUUAUGGCAUUCAAUGCUGUUAUACACCAAUGAUUAACGCAAACGCUUUCAUCAAAAACAUUAAAUACCGGAACCAAUGCUUACAAACCACUCCUGAAGACCGACCACUUAUUCUUCAGUUUUGUGCCAAUAAUAGUGAAGUCUUGUUGGAAGCGUCAAGACUUGCGGCCAAUCAUUGCGAUGCCAUUGAUAUAAACCUCGGAUGUCCUCAAUCAGUGGCUAAACGCGGACAUUACGGCGCUUUCCUUAUGGAUGAAUGGGAUCUCAUAUAUGAAAUGAUAAAUCGUGUUUCAACUGAAAUCCAAAUCCCAAUCACUUGUAAGAUAAGGAUUUUUGCAGAAAUGGAUAAAUCGGUUGAAUUCGCAAAAAUGUUAGAAAAAGCCGGCGUUUCGCUGAUUUGUGUUCACGGGAGACGUCGUGAACAAAAAGGUCCGUUGACUGGAAGGGCCGACUGGGAGUACAUCAAAGCUAUUAAAAAUGCGGUUAAGAUUCCUGUGUUCGCGAACGGGAAUAUCCUUUCACUAAACGAUGUCCACAACUGUUUGUCGGAGACAGGAGUGGAAGCCGUGAUGUCUGCUGAGGGCCUUCUCCACAAUCCGGCCCUUUUCACGGGCAAAAGGGUUGCCGUUUGGACGGUUGCCCAACAAUACCUAAAGCUCGCCAAACAAUAUCCCUGUCCACUGUCUUUCAUUAGGGGUCAUAUCUUUAAGUUCUUCUAUCAUUGCUUUACUUUGCCUGAGAAUGAAGACUUGAGGGAAAGGGUAGCGAAAGCGCACUCAACCGAUGUCUUCGAAGACGUGACACAACAGUUGAAGAGUAGAUAUGAAGAGAUAUAUGAAAGAGAAGCCAAAAAUACAAACAAUUGGAGUGACAGCACAAGUGUUCCGCCGUAUAUCUGUCAGUCCUAUAUUAGACCCGAACCCAAAUCGACGGAUCCAUUGAUGGCAACAAAAAGAAGUACUGAAGAGGAGGACAAUUGUGGAGAAGAAUGUGAAAGAAGAAUAUCGAAGAAGAAGUUAAAGCGAAUGAAUCGAAUGGUUAGCUGUGAAGAGAGGGUCAAAGUGGGGAACAAACGAAUUCUGUGCGCUUUGUGUCCCAAUCCGAAGGGAGAGAAAUGCGAUUAUGGCAUCUGUCGGACCUGUUGUCGCAAAAAGACAUAUUUAGAAACACUGGACUGCACCGGUAUGUCACCCAUUGGUUGUUGAUUUGGUGGCGAAUACAUCAUCCCUGGCAUCGACCCCAUCGACCCGUUUGAACACGAGUUGGACCGCUCUCUGAGUCCUUUGUUGUCGGCGGUCGACAUCUUCGAGAAGGCCAGCAAAGUGUCGGGAAAGUUGGGGGGAGUGGCCGGGGUGUUGGCCGGGAUGUGCACCCCGGCCAACACCCCGGCCACUCCCCCCAACUUUCCCGACACUUUGCUGGCCUUCUCGAAGAUGUCGACCGCCGACAACAAAGGGCUCAGAGAGCGGUCCAACUCGUGUUCAAACGGGUCGAUGGGGUCGAUGCCAGGGAUGAUGUAUUCGCCACCAAAUCUAAUGCCAACCAAUAUCGAGUACUUAAUGCAACCGCUGGACAGACAUCUAAUCAGCGAUAACUCCACUACUCUUCUCUACCUUCUCUUCAGUCGAGUGACGAUUAUAUGA